CGUAAAGUGCCAUACCCCGAUGACCGUGAAGCGGUGCCGCAGCCAGGCUGUGCAGUGUGCGCAUCGUAGUCAACCUGCCUCACUUGAAGAGGGGGCUCUGUUGUCAUUUUAAGGGCUGAGUGUCGAGCUUUUGUCCAUCAGAAAUGGCCGGAAUUAAAGCUCUCAUCAGCCUUUCUUUUGGAGGGGCCAUUGGCCUCAUGUUUCUCAUGCUUGGAUGUGCGCUCCCUGUGUAUGAUAAAUACUGGCCUUUGUUUCUCCUGUUCUUCUACAUCCUUUCUCCAGUCCCAUACUGCAUCUCACGAAGGGUUGUUGAUGACACAGACUCAGCCAGUAAUGCUUGUAAAGAGCUGGCAAUCUUCCUCACAACAGGCAUUGUCAUUUCAGCCUUUGGCCUGCCCAUUGUCUUUGCAAGGGCUGAUGUUAUUGCCUGGGGGGCGUGCGCACUUGUGUUAACUGGAAACAUAGUCAUCUUCGGGACCAUCUUGGGAUUCUUCAUGGUCUUUGGGUCCAAUGACGACUUCAGUUGGCAGCAGUGGUAAAUGGGAGAGACUGAAGGACCUUAGCUGAAACUGUUUUAUUAGCGUUAUUAUUAAUGUAUUAAUGUUGGGUUUACAUUGUUUAUUUAUAUGGUGACUGCCCAUUCAUAGACUCACACCAAACCAGUGCAAUAUUUUUGUUCCGUCCUGCAUCAUAUUGAACAAUUGGAUGGGUAAUGCUGACUUUGAUUUGGACCUGUUUCUUCAAUCUUAAAAAGUGUACAUUUUGACAAAAAACAAAAACAAAAAAAAAAACAAAAAACUUUUUUUUAAACAGAGCAUAUUGGAUAUACUUCCAUUUAGGUCAAAUUGUUAGGUCAUUUGCUGCUUGGAUUUAUUGGAAUAAAUUUUUUGCUCGUUUAUUAUUUAUUUAUAUUUUUCUAUUUAUUUCACCGGUAUUUAUACUUGAGCUACAGAUUUGAAUAUCUAUUAUUAACAUCACUCUUCUGUUGAUAUGGUUCAUUUGUUGGUUGUUUAUAUCAUAUUGUUAGAUUUUACCUGAUCUCCCUAAACUUGCAGAAUAGCUUUGAUACUCUGAGAUCAAAUUUUCCUGACUGUGAAGUCCAAGCUGACGCAGGCUGCUUCCCUUAUUGCUUCUGAUGGCAUCUGGUGAGUUUGCUAACAGAUCGAGAGAGCAGAUGAGCUAGCACAGGAUUAGCUCAAAGACAGGAGCAGCCUUACCAGCAACAAGUUAAGACCCGGGCUACUUAUAUCCAACCAUAAGCUUUCCCAUGUGGCACAUUAGGUCCAGAUGUACACUUGCGUUUGCUAAUUGGCCAUGACUUCUAUCAUCUGUCACAGGUAUCAGGUGUGUUUUUCCUUGUCAGGUGAACUUUCUUAUUUGACUUUAAACAGCAACAGAGAAAAUCCAGCAAAAAUGUCUGUUGCUGUUCUGGUUAUAGUUCUGAAAUAUUGCCCAAUUUCUGUUUGGUUAUAUAGCACGGAUUUUGUAAGUUUGGCUAAACCUAUGGAAAGUAGAGGGUGGCAAUAUAUUGGCAUUUUUAGAUAUUAUCAGGUGCAGUAUAUGCAAAAAGCUGCCAAUUAAAUUAUUCAAAUAUUUUAAAAAGGUUGCAACGGAAUAUUUCAACUAAGAAUAUGAAGUGAUUUCUGCAAUUUUUUGUUACAUUUUACAGCCCAUUGACAUUUGUAGUAUUUGACCUCAACUAGGACAUUUACAGGCACAGUUUUUGUAUAAUGAAAAAAUAGAAAAUCAACAAUCACAUUGCCAGUGCUCAAAAGUAGACCGAUGCACAAAAGCCUUUCUUUUCAAUGUAAUUUAAUAUACAAAGUUAAAAGACCGUUCUCAUUACUGUCUCAACACCAAAAGCUUCCAUAUGUAAACAUAUAGUAACCUCUGACUAGGGCCACAUUUAUACAGAUCUUCACUGGGACUCUGUUGGUAAUUUUUGGCAUUUUUGUUUCCCAUUAGUGUUAACUUGGAUAAAAGAUGACCAGUGCUAUGGGCACAAACAACAUACUUUUGAGCCAUUAUGGGCAUUAUAUUGUUACUUUCACUUAUCAAAAGAUUUUGGGUUUUAGACUUAAAACAUGCUUGCUGUAAAGGUGCAAGUCUAUUCUUGGCAUUCCUAAAAGAAAACCUUUCUGCAAGUUGACCACUGCAUAAAGGCACUGAAUGUAUGAGACCAUUAUAAGAGAUGUGUCCACACAUUUGCCACAGGGCUGCUGUUUAACUACUGGCUUGGUUUGUGCUUUGCUUUGAACUGUGGUUGUGUGAACAGUGCUGGUGGUGUACUCAGUGGUGGAAGCCUGUGAUUGGACAGGCCACUCGUGUUCAUGAGAUGUGUGAACAUUAGAAUCAAAUCCUUACAAGCUAAUUAAUGUUAUUUUCAUUUUCUGUAGUGAAGUCUCCAAAUGUGACAGAAUCUGAUGUAUUUGAAGAAUGGGUUUCCUGCUUUUAUUUCUUUAUUUUCUCAGUUGAAGGAGGAUAAUAUUUACGUAUUUGACACAUUUAGUCAAUGUCCAAUGCCAUUUUCUACAAAUUUUAUGUUUUGAACCUUUUAUGACGGGUGUCAGCAUGGUGGUUUUGUUUUUUUAAUAAAUGCCAUUUUUAAACAUUC